AUGCCACCAGUGAACCCAGACCCAAAGCUGGACGAGGAACUCUUCGACGAAACGGAUCCAGUGGUUGAUGGCCCUAUCUCUGUGGAUCAUGGAUUGAAUUUCAAGGUCGGCAAGGGCACUUUCUUGAAUUUCAACCUGCUUGUCCUCGAUACUUGUCUGAUCACUAUCGGCGAGAACGUGUUGUUUGGCCCGAACGUUUGCAUAUACGGUGCAACACACCCGAUGGAUCCUGCUGUUCGACGAGGAUUGAAGGGACCGGAAGGCGGCAAGGAAGUGCACAUUGAAGAUGAUGUUUGGAUCGGUGGCAGUGUCAUUGUACUUGGAGGUGUUAGAAUCGGGAAGGGGAGUACAGUCGGGGCUGGCUCAGUUGUCACCAAGGAUGUUCCUCCUUUCCACUUUGUUGCCGGAAACCCGGCCAGGAUUAUUCGGCGGGUUGAGACAAGCAUGGACCCUGAACAGCAGAAAUGA